AUGAAGGAUGAAAAGGCGACUCCAGAAGUUUCCCCUCAUUCUGUCAAUCAUGCUGACGUCGAGACUAGGAAGCUCCCGGCAACCUCCAGCCGCCGCGACGAGUAUAGAAGCAUGCCCUCUGCCUUCUGGCUCAACAGCAGGACAGCCCGAGGGACCGGCGAGCGACGAUUCGAGGAAUGCUUGACAGGUCUUGACGUAUGA